AUGACAAGUUUUGAAUUGACUCCCACAUUAAGGGAUACCAUCAAUGGAUCAUCUUUAAGUAAAGAUGAGAAAUUGCAAUUAUUAUCCAAUUCAUACUUAACUCACACCGAUUUAAUCAAAUUCUAUCAAACUUGUCACCCAACAUCCACUCUAUUGGAAUUGAUUCGACAAACCAAAUUAUAUAUACCACCAUACAAAUCAUACAAGCAACCAAAGACUGCAGAAUUCAUAAAAACAAUGGAAAAACUCCGUCUUGAAGCAAAGGAACAAGAAUAUAGACGAUUGAUUAACCCCACACCUCAAUAUUCGACUUUAUAUGAUAAAAAAUUGGAGGAUUAUGAUCUGACUCCAACUCCACAACAAGCACUGAAGGAAUUGAAAAAUCAAUUAAGUACAAUUAUAAAUGUUUUCAUUAGUGUUGGUAGUGUAUCAUAUGCCAUUUGGUAUUGGACAGAAACAUCUUGGGGGUUACCAGUUAGUUAUAGAGUGUUGUUGAGUGUGUUUUUCGGUCUUUUAGUGUUGGUUGCUGAAGUUGUUGUAUAUAUGGGAUACAUUAAUAAAAUCGAAGAAGCAAGGGAUAAAGAAAGGAAGAAGAAAGAAGUAAAGAAAGUUGUUAGAAGUAUUAAUUUGAAAUUGGAUUAA